AUGGCUGAGCACGCAGCGGUGGCGAGGAGGAAAGACGCAAGCUCUCAGGUGGCGGCUCAGUUCACGAAUCCGGCCAUAUUUUCAGGUUUCAAGGGGUCGAAAUCCCGGUAAGAGGUGACAACCGCGUGGGCCGUGGGCUGCUCGAGUCAUGGCACUCGGGCCUGAAAUCUAUCAACAAGCGCAAUGACCUCCCGUUACCAUAUUCGGUACCGAGACAUUCUCUGGGCAGGGUAAUCAGACGCGUGGGGAAGGCGCGGGCGAGCAACAAUUCUAAUGGCAGCGAACCAGACGGCCGAGUCAUCAUCAUGCCAACAUCCAAUACGGAUGAUAAACCUACGGCAAUUAACGACCCGGACCAUGAACCAAUCAAAAGUGUCAAUCCAUCAAACGACUCUACCAUGGCGCUUCUGGCAUGGGUUACCACUGUCAUGCAUUUAUUGGCUUCGAGCUCUCGCGAGGCUAGUAACAUGCCUUGCGCGGUCCCAGUGGCGAACAGAUAGACAAAGCGGCGGAGAGCAAGGAAGCGUGGACCACCACAAGCUAACGGCCCGUUUGAGAAGCUGAAUAUGCAUUAAGCGUGCACGCCGGACCAACAGCGGGGACUAGAUGUGAGUCCGACAGGCCUUAUCGGGAAUGCGCAUCCACAGUAGAUGUCAACGGUGGAGGUGUGCUGGCAGGCCCAAUUGAAAUUUAGCGUCGUGCCAAAUGAGAUUCGAGGCACUCUCGCAUUUUUGCUGUUAUUUAAGACCCUGGUCAGUGUAUGCUGUGGACCAGGGAGUGUGGUAGUGCGACUAGGUGCGGGUUUUGACCGUGCCAGCCACCUGCGCCCUCUCCCGCCUCCGGUCUUCUCGGCCGGGGGGUGAGGAAAGAGUGCGGUAGAUGCUACGACAGUCUACCAUCACUAUAAACUAACUCACGCGCAAGUCUCCGCUCCCGCUUUCUCCCUGCUGAGGAGCAUCGUCGAAAUCGGUGGUGAAACUGCAGGGGUAUUACGCAUGGCUCCAGUCCUUCACCAUCAGUGAUACGCGUCAGCCUGACUGUGAUCUGCAGAAAAAGCCGAUAAUCAAAUAAAAGUAAUGUUGGUGAAUCAAACGGCCGAAUGCAGGGGUUGAAGAAACAUAUACUGGGCGGCACCUGUGUCCCUCCAGCGUUCUUCCGGUUGAACUAAAUCCUGCCGUCCGUCAAAUCCGCACUCCACAACAACUGGCUACUUAAGUAGUAUAUGUUAAUUAUGAGGUUUCGACACCCCCAAGAACUAAGGUAUAUUUUGUGGAGAACAUAAACAAAAGUAUCCUUUGCUGUACGCCUUUAGUAGCAAAUCACGCCUUCUUCAAACUUCUCACUUAAAAAAGUGGAUCUUUCAGUUUCAAAGAUUUUUGAAGACCAUUAAAUGCACAUUUAAAUAGUAUUGCGUCUGUCAACUUAGUAAUGCUCGUUAUGAAUUACACAACAUAGUCCACAUCCACUGCACAAUUUUAUGAGCCGUACAUGGUAUCCUUUAAUAGCAUGGAAAGUUUACGGCUUGUGGAGUGCAAACCCCACACCUAAAUGCAACGGUAUAUUGGGCUCCAAACAAUUGGGGGAUUGACAAACUGUUUACACCUAAAUAUACCCCCUUUUCAGUCUUUAAUUCGACCAAGACAUGAUUUACUACCAAAUGAGUGCAAAAAUGUUAUUUUGGAUUAUUUUUCCCAUGAAACACGUUUGAAUUUACGGGGCAUUAAAAAUCGAUUGGAAAAUCGCGUAUUAUCCUAGUAGCCACUUUUUUCUCAGUCCAAUUUUUCUAGAUGGUCAAAAAUAAGUGCAUCUAAAAGCCGGAAUCCUGACGUCUCUAAAAUAUCUUGGGAUUAGGCUGCACGAUAAGCAAUGCCACAACCUCACCUAAGUCGUCCUACCUAAUCGAAAAAGGAAUUUCAGAAUUUCAGUUAACAUUUCAUGAGAUUAGUCACUGAAUGUCAGUCUGCCCCUGGCUCUGACCUUAAAUCUCUCCGUAGUUAUAACCCUAAUCUCCUAAGCCUAGCCACAAUCCCUACCCUGGCUGUAAGGCCAAUUCUGGCCGAAAUCGCUUUCAAUAGUCUAACCGAGACCCAGCAUUACAGUUUCACCAAAGUUGACUAGAAGUACAUGUCUAAUAACCGUGUGUACCUAAAGGUGUUGCCAAUCUUACUAUGAUUGGUUGCCUCAUUUGUACGUCAGUAAAGUUGCCCAACUCAAUCCGUCAUCCCUGACUUCUGAUUUGGGAACCGUUGUGUUGUCGACUAUACCAUCCCGACAGAGCUUUGGACUGGUGCUGUGUGUGUUUGAGCAUGUGUAGAAGUAUUGAGUCUGCAAAUAUGAAAUUUGUAAGAAAAAAAACGAAGUUUGUCAAUGUCUCUUAGACACAAGGAAUAAUUUUACCCAUAUUUGUCAAUACACUUUUGACAUUUCGACGGCAAAUUUUUCAUUCCGGUGGUGUAAAAGUCUGGGGAUCGAGAGUCAAUAAAGUCUUGGAGGGCUUGUUUUACGGCACUGCCGGAAUCAAAUUGUUUUCCUAACAAAAGUCAUCCAAAUUCCGGAAGAAGUGAUGUUCAGUGGGGGCAAGAUCUGCUGAGUGUGCUGGGCGAUGGAGAAUUUCUAUCUCCAACUCCUGUAGUCUUGCCACUGUAAUUUGUGCGGUGUGUGGCCUGGCGUUGACCAGUCUAGGCCGUUGAUCUGCAAGUUCUUGGAUAAUUUGGUCCACCUAGUCGCAGUAUACUUCUGCUGUGAUCGAUGGGCCAGGGUUCAUGAAAUUAUAACGGACAAGACUGACUUAUACGGCCCCCCUGGGCAGUACAUAGGAAUAAGAACCCCCGCUCGAGUAACAAAUGUGGAACUGCGCACAAUUCUGGGCAAAUAUUCCCGUGCCCGAACCCCAAAAAUAACCCAAACAUAAAACUAAACCUUUCCCCCAAUCGCAACUCUAACCGUGCCCCAAGCCUUAACUUUGCAGUCAACAUUAGCCCUUACCUUAACCGUAAACUCCAUCCUGGCUUACCUCGUCGUCAACUUCAAAUCUAGCAUUAAACCUAAUCCUUACCCCUAGGCGAACCUUCAACCUAACUCUAAUUUAGCAUGAAGUUGGCUCAAAGCCGCCCGUAUUCCUGGCGGUUCCUGUUUCCCUGUUCUGUUUAGAGGGCCAUAUAAGUCGUUAGUGUCAUACAAGAUCACACCUGCACGAGAUCGCCCAAAAUUCACCAUCAGCCGCUGCCGAUUAAUAUUGCGUUUGGGCUGUGUUGUGGUGGCUUGCCCUCGUUCAACCACUGUACAGAACGUUUAUGGUUAUCGAAUUGGAUGUAUUUCUUAUCAAAAGCUAGAAUUCGAUUAAAAAAAUAAAGAAGUAGACUUCUAAACUUUGUUGCCUUUACAUUUCAUUUAGACCAUGUUGAGGAGGGAGGAGGAGGGGGAGGGGGGAGGAAGAGGAGGGGGGAAGGGGAGGGGGAGCGGUAGGAGGAGGGGGAUGAAGGGGAGGGUGGAAGGAGGAGAAGAAGGAGGAGGAGUAGAGGGACGAGAAGAAGAAGAAGAAGAAGAAGAAGAAGAAGAGGAGGAAGGAGGGAUGCUGAUGAUGAUGAUGAUGAUGACGACGACGACGACGACGACGAUGAUGAUGAUGAUGAUGAUGAUGAUGAUGAUGAUGAUGAUGAUGAUGAUGAUGAUGAUGAUGAUGAUGAUGAUGAUGAUGAUGAUGAUGAUGAUGAUGAUGAUGAUGAUGAUGAUGAUGAUGAUGAUGAUGAUGAUGAUGAUGAUGAUGAUGAUGAUGAUGAUGAUGAUGUUACUCUCCAUUUAGUUUGUGUUGAAACCAUGUACCCAACCUUGCACUUUGUGGACUACAGUUGGGUGAGUUAAUAUUGUUCGCUUGCUAACAUUGAACAUCAACGAAUACGCAUGCGCACUUUCAGACGGCUCUGACUGGACGGUGGCUAUCAAUUCGCCACUAUCCACCUUUAAUUAUGGCCUUUAAUUAUUUUGAAAUAAUGCCUUGGAGACCAAGCAUCAAUUUCAGGCCGUCAGCAAAAGCCAUCCCCUCCGAAGGGUGAAACAACUAAGAGUAGUACAAUUCCUCCGUUUAUUUGAGGUCUGCAAGUUUGACGCCAUCGACAUUGCCUUGUUUCAUUUCCGAGGGAAUUACUGAGCGAACUUGGAGUAAAUUCCUUAGAACAGACCAUUUCAGGCUCAAAUAUUCAUAUCAACUUUCAGACCGUGCUUGAAGUUUGCCCAUUGAUUCCCUCGGAAAGUAAACAAGGCAACGUGAAACAGGAGUUCAUAUGUGUUGUUAGUACGGUAAAUCAUUGCACAGUUCUAUACUACUGGCUGCCUGUUGGCGGUUUGUGAAUAUUAAGUGGUUAUUCCGCAGUAGCUGAUGGAUUUCAGCUCAAAUAUUCAUAUCAAAAUUUGGAGCGUGCAUGAAAAGGCCAGUUUCGAAAGAUUUACUCCAAGUUCGCGCAUUAAUUUCCUCGGAAAGGCAAGUUGAAACUGGAGUUCAUAUAUCAGAAAACACAUGGGGGAAGCUGGGGGACCCACUAAUAAGCCGAACUCCCAAAAGCUGUGUCAGGCAGCGGCACAAGCUCGGCGAAGCGCGCGUGUCUGGGUUUUUAUCUAGUACCCGUGUUGUCAGUAUGCUAAAUAAUUACAUAACUGUAUACUACUGGUUGCUUGUUGGCCGUUUGUGAAUAUUAAGUGGAUAUUCCGCAGCAGAUGACGGACUUCAGCUCAAAUAUUUAUAUCGAUCCCACAGACGGCACCAGUGGUCAACGCAUCAGGCAGAAGGCGUCAUAUCUUGAGAGUCAUGUGCAUGAGCCCCCAGCCAGUACUCGAAAGGUCAGACCUCAAAUAAACCUCUUCCAGUGAACGUCUCUUCUUCUUUUCACAUGCCGUCUGCAAGUCGCACUUUCACUAACUGGUUUUGGCCACGCGCAGAAUGGUGAAUAACGGCUAAGGGGGUGAGUAACGUGCGUAGUCAUUGGUGGUGGUGGUGGUGGUGGUGGUGGUGGUGGUGGUGGUGGUGGUGGUGGUGGUGACGACGACGACGACGACGACGACGACGACGACGACGACGACGACGACGACGACGACGACGACGACGACUGA